AUGUGUGUUAGUAUGUUAUACUUUGCUCUGACAGUAAUGCUUGUUUUAGGUAUCUUUUCUCUAAUGACAGCCGUAGCGCUUCCUAACGUUAACAUUUCUCCUGUUCUUCUAACUCGGGUAGCUUCUAUUGUACUACUAUACGCCGCAGCGUUAUCAUUUAACGCCCUUGACAUCCAAGCUAUUGGCUCUGGUGUAGGUAUUUACAGUGGGCUAUUCCAAGUAUCAUCGGUUUCACAAUCGAUUGAUACAUUUAUCUUCCUCGUUGGUGCUAUGAUUCUACUACCUUGGGCUCCUGUAACUAAUUCAGUUAUGGCGGGCGCUCGAUCUGUUUUCUCAGCAGUACCAACUAUUGCAGAAUACCCUUUAAUGAUUCUAUUCACAACUUGUGGUGCAACAUUCCUAGUUUCUAGUGCCGAUCUUGUAUCUGUAUACCUAAGUAUCGAACUGCAAUCAUUCGCAGUUUACAUCUUAGCAACACUAUACCGAGACUCUGAAUCAGCAACUUCAGCUGGUCUUAAAUACUUCCUACUAGGUGGUCUAUCAUCUGCACUUAUCCUUCUUGGAUCUGUACUGGUAUACGCUUACACUGGUCUAACUAACCUAGAAAGUAUCUUUACACUACUAUCUGUUGGUGGUGUUGAAAACCUGACAACUGGUCUAGGACCUUGUAUCAUUGGACUAACAAUCAUGGUCGUAGGUUUCCUAUUCAAAGUGAGUGCAGCACCUUUCCAUAACUGGUCUCCCGACGUUUACGAUGGUGUGCCAACUAUUGUAACUACAUGGCUAGCAAUUAUGCCUAAAAUCUCUAUCUUUGUGCUUCUACUAGAACUACAAAGUGGAUUUGGUUUCACUGGUGCAUCACUAUCACUACUUGUCGAUGGAGUUCCAUUUGAUGUAUGGAAAAACCUACUUCUUGUAUCAUCACUGCUAUCGCUUAUUAUUGGUACAGUCGUAGGACUAGCACAAUACCGAAUCAAACGACUAUUUGCAUACAGUACUAUCUCACAUGUGGGAUUCCUACUAUUAGCAUUAGCCGUUAACAGUGAAGAAUCAAUCGAAUCAUUCCUGUUCUACAUUGUACAAUACAGUAUCACUAACCUUAACGCUUUCCUUAUUCUGCUAGCAUUCGGAUACAUGCUAUACUCAACAGUAGGACGUAAAGAUGGAUACGGAACAGAUGUUCAAUUUAUUUCUGAUCUGUCAGGUCAAUUCCGAGCGAACCCUCUACUAGGACUAGCUCUAACACUAACGCUAUUCAGUAUGGCUGGAGUACCUCCACUUGUAGGUUUCUUCGGAAAACAAAUGGUACUGUACUCUGCAGUUCAUUCUGGAUACUACUUUAUGUCACUUGUGGCAAUUAUCGUUAGUGUUAUCAGUGCUUCAUACUACCUAAAAAUUGUACGUGUAAUCCAUUUCGAUGCCUACACAAAUGUACAAGAUGCGGUACAAGCACCAAAAAUGACAAACGUACAUAGCUUUGCUAUUGCGACGCUUACAAUGGCGAUUACACUAUUUGUGUUCAAACCUUCUAUCAUCUUAAAUAGCACUAGUCUACUGGCUCUAACUCUAUUCCACUACUAG